CCUUUGAACGCUCCCAGUCCCAGGAAACCCCUCCCCCGCCUUUCUUCUUCUUUUACUUAUCUGCAUUCUGUGGCCUCUCGGAUUGCUUUCGUUAGUCACUUUCUGGGUGAUUCUCACGUUGAUUACUCCUCUAUUUCCAUCAUCGCUCCAUUCGCUCAGUUUCUUUGAAUCUAAGGGGGGCUACUUUUUUCUUAGAUUCUCUUUGGUUAUUCGUGUCUUCCCUUCUCUAAUCUUCAGCAUCAUAGUUUUCUUCAUUUUUAUUGAAUGCGUGAAUCAGUUAAAAUUCUUCUAAAUAUGAUGGUUUUUUUUGGAAGAGAAGAGAUUAAGUUGUUGCUUGAAUAUGCCACGGGGUCUGAUAAUGGGGACUGGAAGGGCAUUUCGAAGGAAGCAGACUUCAUCGUGGUCAUCCUUUCGUCAAAGCGUGCCCCUCGUAAUGACUACAAGGGCAAGAAUUGCAAACCUACGGGUUUCCACACUCGCAAAGCUGCAGCAACAUGUGAAAUGCCAUGUCUUGUCUGUAGAGGACUCAAAAUUCAAGAUUCAGCAUGCUCCAGAAAUGCUCCUGCUGGCUUCUAGUUGCCACAUCAAAAAAUCUUCCAAUUCAGUCGCCCUGUCUUCUUUUUAAGGCAAGUUUUCCUCAUUUCAGCUUCUAUUUUGUACUUGCAUACAGUUAUGGUCCAAUUUUUUUUGUUACAAAUUUGUCUUUUAUGUUUCUUUGUCCAAAUCAUCAUGUGAACUAUGAAUUGCUAUGUCAAGAAAAUUCUGUUUUGUUCUUCUUUAUGCUUAGCUUUCUAAGAUUUCAGCAAGCUAGCUUUCUAGGACUUGGCACUUUGUGCCAAGUCAGCUUAGGUUAGAUUGGCAAGUGCCACAUCAACAAGCAAUUCAUAGUGAAUUCUGGUUUAUAUCUGUAACUUGAAAUGACUCGUAAGCUUUAUUAAA